AUGGAAAGGGCGCGUCGUUGCUGCAGCUCGCUGGUCCCGGCCCCAAAACGGACAGCAGGGCUUCGGGAAGCAGCAGCAGCAAGAGCAGCAGAAGUUGCUGCUGCAGAGGACCAGUGGUCUACGGUGUACAGACACUCAAGGAAGAGCAGCACAGCAGCAGCAGCAAACUUGGCAGCCGCGCUGAGGCUGUCUACACUGCGGAGCCCCGAGUCUUCUUUGCAUCAAUUUAAAGACAUUAGAAAACAAAAGGGGCCCUCGUCUUCGUUGUUGUCGUUGCUGCUGCUGCGGGAGCACGAGAGCGCGCAGGCGGAGCGGCGCCGCCGCAAGCAGCAGGAGCAGCAGCAGCUGCUGCAGCAGCAGCAGGCGCCCGCGGCGCAGCAGCAGCGGCGGCUGCAGCGCGAGGAGCGCCGCCGCAGGAAGCAGCAGCAGCGCGAGGCCCAGAAGGCCGCAGCAGCAGCAGCAGCAGCAGCAGCGGCGGCGGCGGCGGGCGAUCUCGGCUCCCCGGAGGCCCCAGAAGCCGGCGCUUCGCCCAGCCCGCCCGCAGCAGCAGCAGCAGCAGCAGCAGCAGCAGCAGCAGCCAGCGAAACCGACACCGACUCCGAAGCCUCCGCAGACGAAGACGUGAAGCUCGCGGACUUCGACAAAACCUCAGCCCCAGUUGCAUGCACCGAUGCCCGCAGCAGAGCCGUCACCAGGGACCUCCGCAUCCGCGAAGACACCGCCAAGUACCUGCUGAAUCUGGAGCUGGGAUCGGCUUUUUACGAUCCCAAGAGUCGAUCCCUGCGCGGCGACCCCUUCGCGGGGCUGCAGCUGGGAUCGUCUUUUUGCGACUCCAAAAGUCGAUCCCCGCGCGCCGCGCUAUUUCGCGGCGACAACGCGCUUCUCCGCGCCGGCGAAGUCAAGGCCACGCAGCAGCUGCAGCUGUUCGCCUGGGAGGCCUACAAACACGGCCAAAACGUCCACUUCAACGCCCAGCCCACGCAGCUCGAGUUCCUCUACAGAGAACACCAAAAGAAAAAAGCCGAACUGGAAAUUCAAAAACAAAACAGCAUUUUCGAAGCUUACGGAGGCAAAGAACACCUCCAAAACGAUCCCAGAGUCCUUUACGCCCAAACUGAAGAAUACGUUGAGUACUCCCGAGAUGGCCGCGUGCUGCGUGGGCGCGAGAGGACCUUCACGAAGUCGAAGUACGAAGAAGACAUUUACCCCGGCAGCCACAGCAGCGUCUGGGGCUCUUAUUAUGACUUGGCCAGCAGCAAAUGGGGAUUCGCCUGCUGCAGACAAACCGAAUUUGCUGCAGAAUGCACUGGGCGGCCGGAAGACAAAAUUACACUUGAGACUCUUGGCCUUGCACCCGAGUCGGCGGCAGCUGCUGCUGCAGCUCCUGCUGCUGCUGCUGCUGCUGCUGAAGAAGAAGAUGCUGUUCAUGCUGCUGCAGAUCAUGAUGCUGCUGAAGAUUCAGAUCAUUCUGCUGCUGCAGAUGCAGAUCGUGCUGCUGCUGCUGCUGUCGUCGCCGCUGCAGCACCAGCUGACUCUGAAGCAGCUGACGCUGAAGCAGCUGCUGCUGUUGAGGCGCACUAG